CCGGACAUCAGAAAUGCUCGCUUUCGAUACACUGAACGCAAUGAGAUCAUCUCAACAGAAGCGUCGGCCGACUUAAGUUCGUCCGUCCGAAUCUCCAUGAUGGCUUACUCCGUACCGCAGUCCAGUCAGCAGCCCGGAGCUCCGUGCAGUUCAUCACGAGAUAAUGUUGUAUGGCUCACAUGGGUGCAUGGUCGUUUGACGCGGUAAACGAAACGUCCCAUUACUGAGAAAUCCGAAAUCCGAAACCUCCUUCUUGUGAUCCGGCGACGAACCACAUGGUUCUUGGCUCGAGGAUGUUCUGUCAGAUCCUGCGAUUCACCCUUCCUCAUCCACAGACCAUCUCGAGCAGCGAGUUCCACGCUCUUCGCGAUCACGUCUCCAAGGUCUGUCUCAGCCAGUACUUCGGAUAUACGGUGUCGGCGCCUUUACCACGGAACGACGAGGAGAUAUGCUGGGCUAUUCAAUGGCCUUCCUCGUCGACUCCGACCGAACGAGCUAAAGCCCUCAAAAGCUCCCACGAUAUUCUGCUAGGCCAGGACGCAACGUCCUUACUCCUAGAAUUCAGCGACGAGCAGAUGCCAGAACUGAUCAAGGCAUUCGAGGCCCCAGUGUGCGAAUUCGCAUUCAUAGCCCUCUCGCCAGAGGCUCCGCUCUCAUCUCCCGAGCUCCAGAAGUCCAUGCACAAAACUUACACCGACGUCUUCGGUAUGCGCGGCUUCGUAGGCGGGCAAUGGUCGUACUGUCUGAACACAAACGACUCGACGGGUAUGCCUCUGCACAGCGAGGAGCGCACAUUGCCACCGGCGAAGCGAAGGCUGGCUGUUUACCCACUCGGAUGGGAGAGCGUUGAACUCCAUCAAGCAGCUACAAAGACUGCUUUGUUUGCCGAGGAAAUCGACAAGCUGGCACCGUACUUCGGGCCUGGCACUGGAGCCUUUUACGUGUCUUUUCGGAGACACUGAAUCACCUGAUAGAGAUAUAAGAAUACGAUGUCGACUGGGGAGGACUUGUAAGUAAAACCAUUGGAUGGCACAGCAACAGCAUGCCGAGUAUCACUGUCUCGUCUACUCUCUUCUCCUGCCGCAGUGAGGGGCCUGUCAC